CGAGAGUUUCAAAACAUAGAGUAAGCGAUUUUCGAUUUCAGUCAUUGAAUCUGCUAUGGCUUUCCGCAGUUCUCUUCUAGUUCUUUUCCUCCUCUCGUUGAUUGCCUUUCCAUUGCUUUCCAAUGGUGAGAUUUCUGAAGGGUUGGCCAAGAAGAUCAAGAGUAUUAACGCAAGAGGAGCACAUUACGGUCUGGUAGUUUCCGGCGAAGCAGAACUCAAUGUAUUUCUCGCUGUGGGCGUCUUCCAACCUGUAGAUAUCUCUGGUCGAAGGUUCCAUGUGGGAAUGUUUAGAGGGAGCAGGACAAUUUUAGUCAUGAGCGGAAGUGGAUCGGUGAACGCAGCACAGACAACACAGCUGUUGCUCACUCACUUUCGUGUGAAGGGAGUAAUUCACUAUGGAAGAGCGGCUAGCGCAAACCCCAAAUAUCUCCGUGUUGGUGACGUUGCUAUUCCCAGUCAAUUCGCACACACUGCCGUCUGGUACUGGCAGAAGUUUCGCCGUGACGAGGGAAGUUUCGAUCACCAGAUUGCUAACCUCACAUUUUCCGACUUUAAUGUUGAUAAAAACGUUCUGAACUUUCUUCAGAGCGUAUAUUUGCAGCCAGAAACAGUUUAUUCCAAGCCCGAGGAGGGAGACUCCAUAUUUUGGUUCAAUGCAGAUGACAACCUGUACGCCACCGCAGAGAAAAUUGAGGACGUAGAGUUAGAUAGAUGCCUGUUCAAAUCUCUUAUAUGUCUGCCAAAACAGCCAAAGAUUAAGAGGAUUGAGAGGGCAAGCAGUGCCGACAUCUAUCUGAAUAACGAGGCUUACAGAAACUUCCUCCACAAGGAGUUGAAUGUCGGCUCCAUUGACACUGAAACGGCAGCAAUUGCGAUGGUGUGCGAGAGCGAGAAGGCGGCCUUCCUUGCAAUGAGAUCGAUAACCAAUUAUGCGGGCGGGCCUUCUUUGGAAAACGAUGUAAGUGUGAUAAAGAAGCUGUGGACCUCCCAUGCUAGCGUGGCAGUCGGCGCAAUCUUCGACAAAUUGGCACCAGGCGAUUCUACCCUCCGUCUAGUUAAUAGUAAAUAGUAUGUAUAUUUGUAAUGCGUAUGUUUAGUAAUAGCGGCUGCCCGAUCUAUAUGCGUAUCUCUAGUAAAAGUGGCUGCACCGUCCGUGUAUAAAUGUCUGAAGCCCCUUCUUUAGUUUCAGAUUCGAACCCACCAUCUACUGUGUGUAUGUUCACUAUAGGCGGCUUCUUCUAUCUAAAUAAACGGAUUAUUAUGUAUUAAAAUUU